AUGAAUGCGGAGGCUGUGACACGCGGACUGCUGUUUCUGUCUCUGGUGCUGGCCGGGGUUCCCGGUAACACCGCCGUCAUCUGCGGCUUCAUCUUGCUGGUGCGGCGCGAGGGCCGCCUCUCGCCAGCUGACGCCAUCGUGCUGCACCUGUGCUCUGCCAACCUGGUGGUGGUGUCAGUGCGCUGCCUGCUGGAGGCGCUGGCCACCUUACGGAUCCACAACGUGUUUGACGACGCCGGCUGCCAGGCGGUCAUCUUUCUCUACCGCACAGCCAGGUCUCUGUCCAUCUGGCUGACCUUCCUACUGACCGCCCUCCAGUGCCUGAGCGUGGCUCCUCCAGGGUCCCGCCGUGCCGCCGCUCGUGCCCUGCUGGCCCGCUCUCUGCCUGCCAUCUUCCUGACACUGUGGCUGAUCAACACCUCCAUGAGUGUGGCUCCACUGCUGUUUGCCAUCGGGGCCCGCAACGACUCCCGGCUCCUGCAGAACGCCAUCAACGUAGAGUUCUGCUUCCUCAGCUUCCCCUCCAGGCUGGCGCGGGACGCUACCGGGGCCGUGCAGGUGGGCAGGGAUGUGGUGCCGAUGGCGCUGAUGGCGGCAGGCAGCCUGGUGCUGCUGGUGUACCUGGUGCGGCAGCGGCGGAGGGUGCGGGGUCUGCGGGGUGCUGCAGGGGGGGCAGCGGAGCGGCGGGCUGCGGUCACGGUAGUCACACUGGUCUCGCUGUACCUGCUGGUCUACGGGGUGGACAAUGGUCUGUGGGUGUACACGCUCACUGUGCCACAGACGCUGGGCUCCGCGCUGACCUCUGACCUCCGGCUCUUCUUCUCCUCACUGUACGCUGCCGUCAGCCCACUCCUGAUCCUCGUCUCCAACACACGGCUGCGCUGCGGGAAACAGCCAGAGACCACACACUGA